UGACGUAUAUUCCAAGCGACAUGACUGUUAGCCAAAUUACUCCAAACAAACUAAGUUGAAAAAAAUACAUUAACGACAGAAAAGGUAUUGUUUAACCAAGAAUACACAUCUCCGGGCUUUUAUUGAUAGUGUUCGCUACCUAUCAUACUUAUUAUCCAACAGUGAAGGAAAAUUGUGUCUAUUUUUAAAUGUUCGCGCUGUUUGCUGCGCCAGUAAAGCGAUUAGCCGACUGACAGGUUAGCUUGUCAUGUUGCUCCAACUGCGGCUUCAGUUCUAACAUUUUAAAACGACAUUUGUUAAAAUGGAGGUGACUGACAUCGGAAACAAAGAGAAGGGAAAGCUCUCGUCUCGAAAGCCAACACCUGGGAAAAACGUGUUGUUGACGGUGGUCCGUAAUGUUCAGCAGGCGAAGAUUCGUUUUCUCCAUGCAGCCUUUGACACUGCAGGAGAGUGCCUCCUGGCUGGUGAUCACCUCGGCAACAUCUAUGCCUUUGACAUAAGUAGAAACAGAUUUUGUCUUGUGCAGAAGACGGGACAGGCCUGCACUGCCUUAGCAUUCUGCCUCCACAGGACCACAGAGUUCCUUGUGGCUCUUAUUGACAACACGAUCAAGUGUUUCGAUAAAGACACAAAGCAGAUGGUCAGUUGGAUGCGGGGUCACGAGGGGACCGUUUCAUCCAUCUCCAUCCACAGCUCAGGCCGUUACGCCCUCACCACAUCCCCCGACACCGCUCAGCUCUGGGAUCUGGACACCUUCCAGAGGGAGAGAAAACUCAACGUCCAGCAGUCAGUUGGCAUACAGAAGGUGUUCUUCCUCCCCCAAAGCAACACCAUCCUUAGCUGUUUCAGUGACGACUCUAUCUUCGCUUGGGACGGUGACACUCUCUUGUGUAAAUACCAGCUUCCAGUGCCUGAUUAUGGACCUCGAAUCUGUUACAAGACUUUUGCUGUGACUCGAGAUGGUAAAAUCCUGGCAGCCGCAGGGCGCUCAAAUCUGCUGCACCUGUGGUGUCUGGACCGCAAAGUGCUGGUCAAUGGGAUCCAGAUGCCAGCGCAGGUUCGGACUGUCAGACAGUUGGAAUUCCUUCCUGACAGCUCCGAUGAAAGAGCCAGUCAGACAUUGGGUGUGUUAGGCCAAGAUGGCAUCAUGCGUUUCAUUAACAUUCACACCUCCAAGCUGCUUUUCCACAUCGGUUCCUACAAUGACGCCAUCACGAGUGUGACCGUCAGCCCCACAGGUCGUCAUGUGGGGGCCAUCAUGGACAAUGGCAGUAUCAACGUCUACAGCAUGCAGGAGUUAAACAAGGUAUCAUUUAUCCAGGGUAAAGUGAUCAUGCUCUGUGUGACACUGAAACUUGUUACAAAUCUUCCUCCUCAGCCUUCUCUUCCUCCAGUGGUCGUAAUCUCAGAUAAUACAGAUAACCAAGAACCAUCAAAACUUAAUGCCAGGCUUCAACCAGAGACGGUACAAAGACAAACCAAACGUACAGGUCGGCCAAAACGAGUACAGAUCCUCGCCACGUCCGCUGAGUUGACAGUUGAGGAUAAAGAGAACCACCUGCCUGGUGGUCUGAACAAGAAGCGUCUGAUGGCGCUGCUUAAAACGUUUGGAGAAUAUCCUGCUAAAUACAGGAUGUUUGUGUGGCGCUCCUUGUUAUGCUUGCCUGAGAAUUAUGCAGCAUACUGCAGUCUGAAUGAUAAAGGCCUACACUCAGCCUACAUCACCCUCCAUGAGAAGUAUCCCAUUAAAAGCCAGAAGCUCCAGAGGGGGCUGCUGAGGAUUUUGUCUGCGUUGGCUCACUGGGCUGCCAUCUUUGGAGAGGUAGAGUACCUUCCACUGAUAACCUUCCCAUUUGUGAAGCUCUUCCAGAACAAUCCAAUGGUUUGCUUCGAGGUGGUGGCCACUGUAAUAGUGAAUUGGUGUCAACAUUGGUUUGAGUACUUCCCCAACCCUCCUCUGAACAUCCUGAGCAUGGCGGAGAACGUUCUUGCUCACCAUGACAAGGAACUGCUGCAGCAUCUGCUGGACUGUGGCAUCACCUCACAGCUCUACUUGUGGCCCCUCUUGGAGACUUUAUUCUCUGAAGUUCUGACUCGUGACGAGUGGCUCAGGCUCUUCGACAACGUCUUCUCCAACCACCCGUCCUUCCUGCUGAUGGCGUGCGUGGCCUACCUGACGUGCUGCCGGGAGCCCCUCUUCCUGUGCUGCCAGAAACAGGACUUUGAGUAUUUUUUCCACCAUCGGAACAACUUGAACUUGGAAGACAUGAUUAAAGAGUCCUACCGGCUGAUGAAUAAGACGCCGGCUGACAUUCAUCCCAGGAGGACGCUCGCUGACUUUACACCGCUGACCAAAGGCCAGUACCCUGUGUUCAACCAAUACCCAGAGUUCAUAGUGGAGUAUCAGAACCAAGAGAGGGAAAAGAUUCGACAAGAAGAGAGGGAGUACCUCCAGGAGAGGCAAGAGGUUUCAACGCUGCGUGCAAGUUUGGUGCAACGCCAAGUGGAAGAAGACGCCUAUUUUGCACAACAGGAGCUCCUGCAGAAGGCUGAAGAGCGGCGCAGAAACAUCCUGGCACAAGAGGAGGCCAGACUAACACAACAGAGGACAAAGCUGGCAGCCAUGAAGAAAGAGCUGAAGAUGAAGGAGUUACAUCUGCUUGAUCUAAACAAACGACGUCUCCUGAAACACCAGCAGGACCGUCAGGUUUCACAGAUACACAGACUGGACCACGAGAUCAGGAGAAAGAUGGAUACCCGUGAGCAGGAAACGGCAGCAGCUCUCCAGGAUCUGGAUAUGAGGCAGAUGGAGCUGGAGAUACAACGCAGGCAGCUUGAGCAGCAACUGUGCAAGGGGCAGCUCCGCUUAGAGCGGCAGCUUGAAGAAGAGGCGCAGCAGCUGCUGAUGAAAAGCGCAGACGCUAAUAAAAAGGAGGCGGCGAGCCAGCCGGGCACCGACUCCAACUGGCAGCGAGACGUGGCCAAGGGCCCGCCGCACGUCGAUGCAGAACUGGAGAGAAGAAGGGAAAAGAUGGCCCUGUUUGAAAGGCACACACUAGCAGAAGGAGACCGGCUGACAGACACCUGGAGAGAUGCUGCUGGGAUGGCGUGGGAUGAUGUUGUGAAUGACAGAGCGCACUUAAUGGAGCAGCAACAAGCCCGGCUUUCCACAGACACAAGUGGAGGAGUUGUUCGUAGGCCUGGUUUGAUCACAAGUCUUGUUGGGACGUCGGAGGCUCAGCAAGCAAACAAUGGCGCCACACCAAAACAGACGGGAAGCAACAUCUUGGUUUCUGUGAACACCAGCUCCCCUGCAGAGAGCACCUCCACCAUCUCUCUGGAUCGAGGUCGGGCACAUUUGGACAGCAAAGAGAAACUUUUGUUAAAGGAAAUCCUUGAUCUGAGACAGAGGUUGGUGAACAGAGCCAGAGAGGACAGUAGUGCGUCCUCCCUGGCACACUCCUCGCCACAUGCCGCCGCCCGGUGACCACAAGCUCUUCCUCCUCUUACACAUGUGAAUGUAGUUUGUGUUUAGUAAAUACCUUUCUUUUGAUUGGAAUUAUUUUAUAAGAUGUUUUACAUAAAUCGUUUUUAAAAUCACUUAAAACCCGAGUUGUCAUAUUUUACUUUGUAUACAUUGGUGUAAAAAAAUAAAAUAAACAUGACAUAAAAUAAUAUUUUAUUAAAAUAUCCUAAGGCAUUAACAUUUUCAAGUAAAUAAAAAAACAG